CUGCAUCUCUCACCGCACCUCACCGCACCUCACUCCUUCGCCCUCACCUUCACCCUCCCCCCGCCUUCGCCAUGUCUGAGAUCAACACCGAGCUCUGCCCGGUCUACGCACCGUUCUUCGGCGCUAUGGGCUGCACGGCCGCCAUCGUCUUCACCUGCCUCGGUGCCUCGUACGGCACGUCUAAGUCGGGCGUCGGCAUUUCGGCCAUGGGUGUGCUGCGCCCGGACCUGCUGAUCAAGUGCAUUAUCCCCGUCAUCAUGGCUGGUAUCAUUGCCAUUUACGGCCUCGUCGUCUCGGUGCUCAUCUCCGGCGACAUCAAGUCGCCGAUGAGCCUGUACGCCGGCUUCAUCCAGCUCGGCGCCGGUCUCUCCGUCGGCCUGGCCGGUCUCGCCGCUGGCUUCGCCAUCGGCAUCGUCGGUGACGCAGGUGUGCGCGGCACCGCGCAGCAGCCGCGUCUCUUCAUCGGCAUGAUUCUUAUCCUCAUUUUCGCCGAGGUGCUGGGUCUGUACGGCCUCAUCGUUGCCCUGAUCCUCAACACCCGUGUGCAGGACGCGCCCGGCUGCGAGCUCAAGUAAAUCAGAUCACACUCGCCCAUCGCGGCGGCCGGGCGCAGCUAGCAGGGCCGCUGGUGCUGCGAGCGGUGCAGCUGCGCCUCGGACGCCCUUUCUUCACGCCGCAGCUGCGGUCUCUUCGCCAGUCUUGCGCCCGUGCGUCUGUCACUGCCUGUCGCGAGCGCCCUCUCGUCGCGGCUCGCAGGAUCGUGCAUCGGUGCUCAGCCUGGCAUUCCCUCACUCCCGCUCCUCUCUUCCUUGCUCCGUGCACGCCCACCCCCAUCCCCACCGCACUCGAC